UAGUCUUCUUUUGUUCUUGUAAUUAGCCAAACAUUUCAGAUGAGCUGGCAGGGGCACCUCCAUUCUCCAUUCGCCAAUGUUCGGUAUGAAGUCAAUCUAAAUGUCAGGCAUUAGACGUUAAUGAAUGUCCAGCAAUACAUGCCGAAGUUAAGAACUUUGCUUUUGUGUCGACUUGUGUGAUCUAUAAAGGAGGGCCAGCUCCGAUCGGACCAGCUCCAGCUUCAGCUCCAGCUAGCUAACAGCUCUGAAGCUUCGAGGAGUGAAGCAUCGGGACUCAGGGGACCCCUAAAAAGUUAGCCAAGUAGUAAUGUACUAUUCUUAAUAUUAUUAUAGAUAAAAACCCUGGAUACUUGUGGCUAGCCGGUGUAUUGAGGACAUCCUGAAGUGAAACUGUAUUGACAUUUGGAAAAUGUGGCCAAACGAUGAGGAAGACAUGUAAACUCCAAACUCCCAUUAAAACAGUAUUUUUAUGAAGAGCAUUGUGAGUAAUGUAAGGGGGAGUCAUUCCUUGUGUUUGUUAAACUGUUCACACGCACACAGGUGUGUCUAUGGCCCCAGGACGCCCUUUUACCACAGCCUGAGUCCUAAACUAGUACUACUACUUUUUAUCUCAGCCGUCAACACAUGCAUAUUUUUCUACUAAGUUCACGGAACUGCACCGGCAACUAAAGCGAGAGCAGCUGAAAACUGCAAGUCUGCUCAUUGUCCACGUAUUUCCACGUAGGGAGAAACCAUGACAGCUGUGGUAGGCAGAGCCUGGGGGUGGGUGCGCUCCUGGGGCUCCUGGAGCAGGCCUGUGUCAGAACCUGCCCCCAUAGCAGUGACUGAGGAGCAGAAGCAGAGCAGCAGUGGUAAGGGAGGCCGAGGGUGGACCUCCUGGAUCUGGGGAGGCUGGACGCGUCAAAGUGACCAAAAUAGUCCAGUGGAAGAGUUCUGGGAGGCUCCGGACAAACUUCAGCCAAUGGAAAUAGAAGACCUCGGUGCAGGGAAAAAGGAGACCAAUGCAAAAGAAAAACAAGUUCCUAAAUGGUGGAAUAAGUUUCUUCCAACUUACUACAUUUACUGGCCCAGCAAAGCAGAGCCAAGUGGAUUAAAACGACGGAAACAUGGAGGUACAAGGGAUCCUGACUUGGAUGGGGACUAUUCUGACUAUGGAACACCACCUCCAUCCCCUACACCGUCUUCCUCACCUCUAACGUCUCCUUUCCGAUUUUUUGCAGACAGCUGGCAAGUUGAAAUCCUACCAGAGCAUUAUGAGAUCUGUUUCAACUUCCUCCGCCAUCUGUUUGAUCUGUUUGUGGUUGGAUUCUUGUGGACUGUGUCUUCUCCCACCAAGCUGAUCCUUGAGAUUUUGGGGGUUCAGGGAGCACUGAGGCUGUGGUUUCAUGGUAUGGCCAUGUUUUUUGUGUCCACAGUUGGGAUGGCAGGGUUAUUCUGGUUGAUCCAGGAGUACUUUCCUCAGUUUGCUUUGGUGUAUGGCAUCGUGCAGGCAGUGGUCAUCUCCGUCAGUGUCCGACAAAGUGUGAUUUUUGGAGAGGAUGAGGAAGAACACAAGGAUGAUGAGGGUAAAGAGACUGAUGCAUUGAGUGACAUAAAGGAGCAUAAAGAAAAACUUGUGUCUGCAAAGGAGAAGAUCAAGACAAGUUAAGGUUCAGGCUGUGAAAAGUUGCUCCUCCACUAACACCCUAGUCCAGCUGGAUCAGACCUCCUCCACACGUUUGACAUGAUGAGCAGAGGGACUGUCACUUCACUACUGUGCUCUGCAGUGGGACUAAAGAACUGUGUUGCACAUUGAUUACACUCUUGAGUUUUUACUUUCGUCUACAGCCAUUGCUCAGUCAUUGAUGGACUGUUACUUGCAUGAUCCUCAUAUUGUCACCCAAUAUCGGACACUUGGCACAUUUAAUUGUACAAAACUUAGUGUAUAAUCAGGAGAACAGUUAUUAGAGGGUGUGUGAUUUUGAAUGUUACAGAAAUGUCUGAGUCAGAAAGUGAAACACCCAGAGUUUAGGGUGUGCCCUGUUGCAUUUGAUCCAGUUGUAUAUCUUUUUUAUUUCAUUAUCUAUGAAACAGUCCCCUGCUCUGGGGCCAGGGAAGUCAAUUUAGUCUGCGAAACAUAUUUGACCCUUAACCAAUUUAAUACAAACUGAAUUUGUGGAGCAGAGGAAAGAAAUGCCAGCUGUGUCAUCUUAAAUGAGCUCAGUAUGGUUGAAUAAUACAUUAUUGGAUGCUGAAGUGUUGAGGGAAGGCAAAGAAGUCCAGACAAACCUGAGUGUCUCUGAAAGUCAGGCCAAAGGGGUAAAAGUGCUAUACUAUUAUACCACAGCCAAAAUCUACGCGUGUGAAUGUGAAAAAAAACCACUGUGCUUAAUCAGAGCACACUGCGCUUACAUUGACAUGGACUAACUCUUCGACCUGUUUGGUCAACCAGUUACGGUUCAUAAUCUCCAGGUGCCAUUACAAUUACUUGCCUGUUUUAAGUGUUUCUUGUUAGUUUUGAACUGUUUCCACCUCUGUUUAAUUUUGGAAGAGAGGAAAACUUUGAACAGACUUGUUGAAGUCCAUAUGUUAAGGAUCAUCAGCCUCUGUUUACCCAUGUAGGGUGCCUGUAGGGGCCAUCACUGUUUUGUUUUGAUGUUAUUAUGCAGUGCAUUUGAUUCUCUCCAUCUUCUACUCUUGCCAGUUGAAGCUUGAGUGCUUGAAUUAGAAAAUGGCAUGACAAACUACAUUGCCAUCACACUACAGUAUGUUUGCUGAGCUUAUAUUAAUAUUUAUGUAAGGACCUGUGGCCUCACCUCUUUUUUUUUUGUGCAUUGAAAUCCUUAAAACUACUGUACGCAGUCUACAGUACAAAGUGACAUUGAUACUCUGAAUUUCAUUGGUGUUUAUGUUAAGUUUUGACACGAUACCAGCAGCAGUUUGCAGUUUUUCUCUUUACAUACUCCUUUUUUUUUUCGCCUCGUGAUUUUUCUGUGCCAUGAUAUUAGUUGUGAACAUGAAACUUACCUGGGAAUGUAGGUCACGCUCUCACUUUUUCAAUCCAAAUGCACAACAAUGAGGAGACCAAACAUGUUAUUUGUAAUUUGUAGUGCACAGCUGCAUGUUUUGCACUUGACAUUCUGAUAUUGUCUCUGUAGCAUGGAUGAGGUGGAGCUAUAUGGAUGUGCUUACCUGAAAGACAACCUGUAUGUAUGGAGGUCUGUGGAUGCCCAUAUUAUACCAGGCAUUUGAGUUCCUAUUGAAGUGCACAAUGUUUAACAAAAUAAGACGACAUGUUCAUAGAAAAGCAUAAUCACUGCCAACAUUAAUAUAGGAAAAUGACUUCUUCAAUUGAUACUGCAUCCUGAAAAUUAAGGGCAGAUCACAAUGUGUUUGGAAGAAGACAUUUUAACAGAUUUCACAAAGUUAUGAUACUAGAAACAGGUUAAAGGGUUUUUAAAUCAUUUUUGAAAGCAUUACUAUAAUUCAAGUGUAAUUUUGCCGAACAUUACACAGUUUCCUGCAUUUAAUUUUAAUAUUGGCAUCCAAAGACUUCCACCAAAUGAAUGUCUUGUAUUUUUUUAGUGCCCCUAAGUCAAUACUAAUAUGAAAGUGAUACAGUAUUUUCAAGUCUUUAGCUAUUCAUUUCAUUGCUGAUCGGGAGCUUCUCUCACAGUGAUAAGCUAUUUUUAUAGAACCGCUAACUCAUUAUUAAAACAAGUGCUGGAUCACUGUAGCCGAAAAACCUCCUGUCCUUCCUCAAAUAACAAGGAAGGACCUCAGAGAUACCCACAGUCUAAUUAGAACUUUGGAAGGAAGUAUCUGCUGUGAUGUUCUACUCUAUGUACUUAUAUUUUACAGUCACUUUGAACUGAACACUACACUGAGGUUGUAUCGCCUUCACUGGCUCAAUAAAAGUGAUGAGUUUUAUCACAGUG